CGGCGGCCGCGCUGUCUGCUUCUCCUCCGCCUCCUUCUCGCGGGGCGCGAACGCCUGAGGCCAGUUCGGGGGAUGUGAGAGCCGAAGUCCCUCGGCUGCCAGGCUCCGAGUCGGGAUUUGCCAGCCGGGCCCCAGCUACAUCCCUGCGAGCUCGGGACGCACCCGAGCGACUGAGGCCCGACGGCGAGUUCGGGCGGGACGGCGGCUGCCGCACGCCCAGACUCGGCUUCGCUGCGCGCCCAGAAGAUGAAUCCGGCCUCGGUGCCCCCUCCGCUCCCGCCACCCGGGCAGCAAGUGAUCCACGUCACGCAGGACCUAGACACGGACCUCGAAGCUCUCUUCAACUCGGUCAUGAACCCCAAGCCCAGCUCGUGGCGGAAGAAGAUCCUGCCCGAGUCGUUCUUCAAGGAGCCUGACUCUGGCUCGCAUUCGCGCCAAUCGAGCACCGACUCGUCCGGCGGCCACCCUGGGCCCCGGCUAGCCAGCGGCGCCCAGCACGUCCGCUCGCACUCGUCGCCCGCGUCCCUGCAGCUGGGCACCGGCGCCGGGGCUGCAGGCAGUCCAGCGCAGCAACAUGCGCACCUCCGCCAGCAGUCCUACGAUGUGACCGACGAGCUGCCGCUGCCCCCGGGCUGGGAGAUGACCUUCACGGCCACUGGCCAGAGGUACUUCCUCAAUCACAUAGAAAAAAUCACCACGUGGCAAGACCCUAGGAAGGCGAUGAAUCAGUCCCUGAAUCCGAUGAACCUCCACCCUGCUGCCACUCCCACCCCGGCACCCCAGAGGUCCAUGGCCGUGUCUCAGCCAAAUCUCGUGAUGAAUCACCAGCACCAACAGCAAAUGGCAUCCACUACCCUGAGCCAGCAGAACCACCCUACUCAGAAUCCACCAGCAGGGCUCAUGAGCAUGCCCAAUGCAUUGACCACUCAACAGCAGCAGCAGCAGAAGCUUCGGCUUCAGAGGAUCCAGAUGGAGAGAGAGAGGAUUAGAAUGCGCCAAGAGGAGCUCAUGAGGCAGGAAGCCGCCCUCUGUAGACAGCUCCCCAUGGAAGCCGAGACUCUAGUCACUGUUCAGCCUGCUGUCAACCCGCCAGCCAUGACCCCAGACAUGAGAUCCAUCACUAAUAAUAGCUCAGAUCCUUUCCUCAAUGGGGGGCCCUAUCAUUCGAGGGAGCAGAGCACCGACAGUGGCCUUGGGUUAGGGUGCUACAGUGUCCCGACGACCCCAGAGGACUUCCUCAGCAACGUGGACGAGAUGGACACAGGAGAAAACGCAGGACAGACACCUAUGAACAUCAAUCCUCAGCAGACCCGUUUCCCCGAUUUUCUUGAUUGUCUUCCGGGAACAAACGUUGACCUAGGAACUUUGGAAUCUGAAGAUCUGAUCCCCCUCUUCAAUGAUGUAGAGUCUGCUCUCAACAAAAGCGAGCCCUUUCUAACCUGGCUGUAAUCAGUACCAUUGUAACUUGGAUGCAGCCGUGACCCGACAUUUCCUGGGCCUCUUGGAAAAAGCAAUGGAGCAGAGUAAGUCUGCAGGUAUACCACUUUCUGCCUCCAUGACUCAAUGCUCCCUCCCUCCUUUCCAUGUGGCCAGUUUAAUCAUCGCCUGGAUUUGACAGUAACUCAAGUGAAACAUAAAUAAAUAAAUACUCUAUUUUCAUUUUCUGCAGGCCCGAAUUCCUGUGAAUCCGGGACUGUGCAGAAUUGUUUUUGCAGAAUUGAUUACACAGAAUUGCUUCUCUGUUUUUCUAUCUGCUGCCCCAUGACUAAGCUUUAGGGGUGUUAGUUGAAAUUUAUAUGUCAAUUGAUUAUAAGCCACAGAAAGCUGACCACAGGCAGUGACUUGUGACAGGCGGCUCGGUCCAGGAAAUGUACAUGAAAUUAAACCCGAUUUACAGUUUC